AAAAUACAGUAGGAAAAAUAUGUUUAUAACAAAAACAGUCCUUUGGUCUUUCUUUUUCCUUUCACUCCCAUUUUUAGCUCACAUCUUUAAUCCCUCAAACCAAACAUUUCCUUCGGACAAUAUUUGUUCCCUGUUCAAGAAUUUACCCAUUUGAUACUAUGUUGUGGAUUUUGCUACCACUAUAAAUGUGUGGUGAUAUCUGCUUUUGACAAAAUCAAUGAUAUGCCAAAUAUAAAAGAAAUGGCUUGCUUUGAUUCUCUAGCAUUUUCGGACAUUCAAUACGAGGGCAGAAGCGAAAAAUGGUACAAGGAAUGAAGACAAAAACCAGGAAAAGCCCAUCUGUGCAACUAGAUUAUAUAAUUACGAUUAUAGAGAUUAAGCCAUGGCCUCCAUCUCAGUCGCUGAGAUCACUUCGUUCUGCUUUGAUUCAGUGGGAAUAUGGUGACAAAUAUUCGGGGACUACUAAAGCAGUUGCCCCUUUCCUUGCUGCUACUUCUGGUGUUGGUGAUGGUAAAAUUGAAUAUAAUGAAUCUUUUAAACUUCGCUUGACAUUGUUGAGAGAUAUGUUGAUCAAGGAUAGUGAUACUUUCUUGAAGAAUUGUAUCGAGUUCAAUAUGUAUGAACCACGAAGGGAUAAAACAGUAAAAGGCCAGUUGUUAGCCACUGCCAUUGUGGACUUUGCAGAGUAUGGUGUUGUGAAAGAUGGUUUGAUUGUAAACGUACCUGUGAACUGCAAAAGGACUUUCAGUAAUACGAUUCAACCAAUGCUUUUUUUAAAGAUUGAACCAGUUGAGAAGAAUAGCCGUACGAGAUCUUCGUCAAUGGAUAGAAACGGCUCAGAAUCUUUGAUAAAUGAAGAAAACACUGAAGAUGUUGAGAGUAUCUCUGUUACUGAUGAUGAUGUUUCGUCACAGUCUUCCAUGGCUGCAACAACAUCGUUAGCUUCACAGUUUAAUGGGAGUCCAGACUCUCAAAAAGAGGUCUUGGUUGCUGAAUCAGCCGCUGAAAGAAAUGAAAACAUAGGCUCUGGAAAGUCCAUGGAAUCUAGGGUUAAUGAUGUGAGUGGUCGACAAUCUAGUGUGCCAAUAUCAGACGAAACUCAAAAUGAACAAGGAAAUCAAAUAAAUGUACAUCUUGAUUCUGACAAUUUAAGCGGAGAUGGAAUUACAAAGGUCAAGUCUGCCCGUUAUCCGUUGGACUCAGGUAAUGGCAAUGGAUCUUGGAGGGCUAGCAAGUUAGGGGAAAAAGUCAAAGAUUUUAGCAAGUUGCAACAAUUGGAACACAGAGUACAAAAUCUUGAAGGGGAGCUUAGAGAAGCGGCUGCUAUUGAAUCUGGUCUUUACUCAAUAGUUGCAGAGCACGGGAGUUCAGUUAAUAAAGUUCAUGCGCCGGCUCGACGUCUUUCUAGGCUCUAUCUGCAUGCAUGUAAAGAGAAGUUGCAAUCUAGGAGAGCAAGUUCAGCAAGAAGUAUUGUGUCCGGAUUAAUUUUGGUUGCAAAAGCUUGUGGAAAUGAUGUCCCGAGGUUGACUUUUUGGAUGUCAAAUUGUGUUGUACUGAGAGCAAUUAUAUACAAUACUUUCGAGCAAGAGCAUAUUGAGUUGAACAAAAAGAACAUCACAAAGGGAAAUAAGGACAAAAACUCUUCAUUCAAAUGGAAGAAAGAGUCUUCUUUAAAGGACAGUAGAAGUGGUAUUAGUGAUAUUCCCAAUGAAUGGGAGAACACUUGUAAUCUUACCUCGGCCCUGGAAAGAGUAGAAUCUUGGAUUUUCUCGCGAAUUAUUGAAUCAGUCUGGUGGCAGACUCUUACUCCAUAUAUGCAAUCUGCUGCUGCUAAGGCUAUCAUUAGAGUAGUAGAUUCUGAAUCUACUAAAUCCUCUAAAAAGUCAUCCAGACAACGUGAUCAAGAACAAGCAAACUUCUCCAUGGAGCUUUGGAAGACUGCUUUCAUGGAUGCUUGUGAAAGGAUUUGUCCUGUUCGGGCUGAAGGACAUGACUGUGGUUGCUUGCCUGUACUUUCUAGAUUGGUGAUGGAACAGUGUAUGCCUAGGUUAGAUGUGGCUAUGUUUAACGCUAUUCUUCGUGAAUCUGCUGAUGAGGUUCCAACUGAUCCUGUAUCUGACCCAAUUAGUGAUGCCAGAGUCCUUCCUAUUUCAUCAGGUAAAGCAAGCUUCGGGGCUGGUGCACAACUGAAGAAUGUGAUAGGAAACUGGUCAAGGUGGCUCACAGAUCUAUUUGGUAUUGAUGAUGAUGAUACGUUUGAAGAUGAAAAUGAUGACAGAAGAACCAACAAUGAUGCAUCAUUUAAAUCUUUUCAUCUUCUAAAUGCAUUGAGUGACCUCAUGAUGCUUCCCAAAGAUAUGCUUUUGAGUAGCUCCAUCAGAAAAGAGGUAUGCCCUGCUUUUGGUUCACUAAUAAUAAAGAGGAUACUUGAUACUUUCGUCCCAGAUGAGUUUUGCCCAGACCCUAUUCCUGAGGUUGUGCUUCAGGCCCUGGAUUCAGAGGAUUCAUUUGAGAGCAAUGAAGAUUGUGUCACCAGUCUCCCAUGUGCAGCAGCACCGGUUGUAUAUCAGCCACCUUCUGCUUCUUCGGUAAAAUACGUAUUAGGAGAUGAUGUAAACAGAAAUCAGUUGUCUCGCAGUGGGUCAAUCCUGAGAAAGUCAAACACGAGUGACGAUGAACUUGAUGAACUGAGUUCACCCUUGACUGCUAUCAUUAACAUUUCUCGCGGAUCACCUGCUCCAACAAAGCCCAGUUGGAGAUCAAAGGAUACGAGCUACCAGGGUAGCAUCCGGUAUCAACUCCUUAAAGAGGUAUGGAUGAAUGAAUAGUUAUAUACGUGGGUUUCAUGGGAUAUGAAAAUCUGAAAUACAUAAAAAAAAUGUUGAAACUGUUGGAUUGAAGGUAACCGGAAAUGUAAAUAUAUCGGGAAGUAUAUGAAAUAAGCGGACAGAUUAUCAUUUGUUAUAGGGUGGGAGUUAUGGCCUCAUUGGUGGGUUUACGAACUAUGAAGACGUUUUUUCUUUUCUAUGAAAUCAUAACUCUUAAUGUAUCAGUCUCGGUUUUUCUACGAUUACUGUGUAUGUAAUGUGCGAUUCUGUAAUUUUGCAUGCACUGUAUUGGGACUGUUAGAAAGUAUAUGGAUGUAAAAUGCGCACUUUUAUUCUGGCUACUUAAUUGGCAUGAUAUUUGUUAAA